AUGCCUAUCACAUUUCCCCUCCUAAACCUCGUACUCCACCUCCUCCUCCACACGCACCUGCAACUUCUCUUCCUCCUCUUCCUCCUCUUCCACCUCCUUCUCCACCUUCUCUCCCUCCUCUUCCACAUCCUCCUUAACCUCCUCCUCCACUUCCUUCUCCACCCUCCCUUCCUCCUCCUCCAUCUCAUCCUCCAACUUCUCUCACUUCUCUUCCACUUCCUCCUUAACCUCCUUCUCCACUUUCUCCUCCACCUUCUCUUCCUCCUCCCCCCUCAUCCUCCACCUUCUUUUCCUCUUCUCUACACCUCCUACUUAACCUCCACCUCCACCUCCUCCACCUUCUAUCCCUCUUCCACUUCCUCCUUAACCUCCUCCCCCACCUGCACCUGCACCUCCUCUUCCUUUUCUUCCACCUCCUCCUCCACCUACACCUCCACUUUCUCUUCCUUUUCUUCCACCCCCUCCUUAAACUCCUCCUCCACCUUUUCUUCCUUCUCUUCCACCUCCUCCUCAACCUCCUCCUCCACCUGCACCUCCAUUUUCUCUUUCUCCUCUUCUAUCUCCUCCUUUACCUCCUCCUCUACAUCCUCUUCACCUCCACUUUCUCUUCCUUCUCUCCCUCCUCUUCCAUCUCCUCAUCAUCCUCCUCGUCCUGCUUGUCCUCCGCCAACUGAUUGUGUCUCUGUCCCAACUCCAUACUUUUUAUAA